AUGACUAAGCCUAAUCCCAACGACACUAUCGUGUUCCUAUACAUGUGCCUCCUGUAUUCUGACUUCAGAGUUGUCGACUGGAAGGCUCUCAGCGAGGCCACCAACCUCAACAAUGGGGCCGCGCGCAUGCGUUACCACCGUCUGAAGAAGAACCUUGAUGCCGUCAUCAAGAAUGGCAAAUAUGAUCUCAGCAUUGGUUCCGCCACCACCCCGACCAAGAAGCAUGGUUUGGAUAUGAUCACUGCUACCGACAAAGAAAGCAGUGUUGAGCCUAACAGCCCCACCAUCGAACACUCUAGUGGAGUCGUCAGCAUCGCCAAUCUUCUUAACCCGCUUUCCCCCAAACGCAAGAUGGCGGAUGAAGUUGAUGAUGACUCCGAAGCCUCGACCAUCAUCGAUAACAGCUUCCGCUUCAUGCCGAUCUACGCUCCUGUUACGCGUUCCCCCAGCUCGCAGGGUCUGAUGCCGGCCGCGAAGAAGGCUAAGAAGGAGGAGUGAGGAAUCGGUGUUCGUUGCUUGCUUGCUUGUUCACCAUAUGGGAGCUCAGAGAGUCGGUAUUGAGGAAUGGUUUGC